ACUGUAAGUAUAGUAUUGUAGAGGGCUGCGUUCGCGCGCCCCGGCGAGCGGCGCCGGCGCAGUCCCGCUCGUAUCGUCGCCGCGGCCGCACGCGCGAUGGCCCGCCUCAACGUUCUGUUCGCGUUCGCCGUGCUCGCCGCGUUUGUCGCGUCCGCCGCCGCCGAACCCCCGCAUCCGCGCCUCAUCGACUUCAACCCCUGGGCAUGGCUCCCGACCAAUAGGAACCGAUCCCCUGCCAUCAUGGACUACUUCUUCCCACCCUCCCGAACACCCAAACAAUCCAUGCUAGACCCACCCGCUGACCGUACACCCCCACAAACAACAAUAACUACCGUUGAACCCACCACCAUCGAAGAACGAACGACCCUACGUAAAACCACUAAAACAAAAACAACACCCGCGAUCCAUUCCACGGCAACUAUUCAACCGAAAACUAAAAAAGUAGCCCAUAAAGCGCCGGAAACUACGGUGGAAUUCAAAACUCAAACCACUAAAAUUCAAUCACCAGUUCCGACCAAAGACGCGACUAUUCCAUCCACUUAUCGGCCGACGAAGCAUUACACGAUACGGCCGGUCGUGCGGACGACGGAAACGCCAACCGUCCAAGAUACAGAGACGACGUCGAACACGGAUAGUACGGAGACAGUUUCCGAGUACGACACUUCGGGAACGACGGCCGAAGGGCCGAAGGAUACUGCGCCGACUUUGAGCACUGGAACCGAAUCCAGGGCCACGGAUUCUGGGACGAGUACUGCCACCGUGGAGUCCAGCACGCAGCCGGAGACCACCGUCUCGGACUCCGCAGACAGCCGCGAGGGCUACCUCCCCCUCCGCGACAAACCCGCGCAGAACAACGUCAAGAUCAACGAUCAAACCAAAAAAGAGACGGUGCCUCUACCGGCGGGUUCUACGAACGUGCUGGCCAAACCCACCAAGUACCACUACUAUCCACACAACCAGCACAUCUAUCUGCUGCCAGAAUGCGCCAUACAACAGGUGUGCAAUGCAGUGUACGUGCGACUGAACUACACACAGCCUCUCUGCGCGUGUCCGGCUCGGUACCGGGACCCUUGCUCCGCGAGUCUCAACGCGGACGACCUGCACACCACCAGGCUUACUACAGAUUCUAAGAAGAAGUACGCAAACAAAGCGGUGACCUUAGUGAAGACGUGCGAGGCUGUCUCCGAGAUGCGAGAAUGCCGCGCCCCUCGGGAUUGGUCGCUACUGGCCCUGCAGAACAUUAGGACCGGCAAGUCGCAUUACCUGGUCAUCUGCCGGUGUCCAGAGAACCAUAUACUGGAAGGACCGAUGUCCCACGAUCAGCCUACCUAUGCGUCAGUACCCGGUAUCAGGGUGUAUGGAAUGAUGUGCGUGCGACACAACCCUGUUUACCAAGGGUUCACCGCAAACCGUUUCGCGGCAGUACAGAGCACCACCAGCGCGUACAAAGUGGACUACUCCCAACCACACGCGUACCCCGAUAAACCAGUCUACAACCGCUACCAGUCACCCAGCUACCUGACCCCAAACUACUACAACAGGAGGUCCCGACUCUCAAGAGUCAGAAGAAGCGCUGACUACCCCCCCUUCCCAUGGUACAAAGUCAGAGAACUGGCGCGAUCGUUACACUGGAUCGAUUAGGAUAAUUUUAUGUUUAAAAAAGUAUGUUGGGUUCAUUAAGGCCCUUGUAAUCGUUGCCUCCUUGAAUUCAACGAAAACUUUUAAAAAAACGCUUCCCCGUUAUGUAGUCACAGAUAACUUUCCCAAUCUAAACUCUCGUUUAGUUUGAUGAAGAUACUGCCUACUCAAUACUCAACUGAAUUUAUUAGUUUUAAAACUGAGACUCUGUAACCAGUACGCCUAACUUAUUUAUUUCAGUAAUUAUAUUAUAGCAGUACCUACGUAACUUAUUUAUGGCAUGAUAUAGAAUGGUUGUUUGCCAGAAACAUAGGGAUAACCAGGACUAUAAUAAGGUUAGUAUAAAUGGUAUAACAGGAGAUAAUUGCCCCACCAUCGCACUAAUACAAGGCGUGAUAUUUAAUAAAAUAUUAUGUGAAAAUCUGACUUUAAAACCCUAAGGGCUGAUUUAGACGGCGCGCGAACUCGCAUGCGAUUUUAGUUACAUUGCGGACUGUUGGUUACGUCCAAUUCAACCGAUCGAUCAAAAACUGCAAUGUAAUGAAACUCGCAUACGAGUUCUCGCAUCGUCUAAAUGAGCCCUAAGUUUUGCAAAAAAAAAUUGGAAAGGUGUAUCGAACGUAACUAGGGUUAGACCAAGCUGAGUUGGCAGCGAUUUUGAUGGCCCAGUGCAAGUGUAAUUUUAAACUUCAAACUUCUAUAAAAUUAUGACGUUAUUUAAACAUGUGAACCGUCUAGGAUAUCAGAAUCGCUGCCAACUUAGCUUGGUGUGGUAUUUCAAAAUCAAGAAAUACAUUCUUUCGGUAAAAAAGGCAAAAUGUUUUAUGUUAUUAGUUGUUGUUCUUAGGAGUUUUCAUAGGGAGCGAUAGAUUCAGAUUUUCAUGUAAUUAUUUAAAAAAAAUGCCUGUAAUUAGAAUGUUCUUACACAAAAUGAUGUGAUAAUCAAUUUCAGAUAUUUUUUGUGUAACGUCAAUGCAUUUAUAGUUAUUUAAGAUUUUAGUUUUAUUAUUUACAUUAUUUAUUUAAGAAAACCAUACUUAGAAAGUUCAGGUGUAAAUAGUAGUUUUAAUGAAAUAAUUGUAAUUACGAAGAUUAAAUUUAAACUGAAAGUA